AUGACCUCUUCUCAGUUUUCUGUCAUCCUCAAUAUCUCAAUUCCUGUCCGCGACUUCGCCAAAGCCAUCACAUUUUAUGCCAGCCUCUUCGAGGUCCUGGGCGCCGAAACUGGGACGCUCGUCAAGCCUCAACAAGAUGAGGAAGCCGCCUUGAGUUUCAGAUGGGGACGCGAUGCACCGUCCUUCACGGUGGUCAAGAAGCGUGACACGACAUGGGUUACUGGUGUCUCGUUCACUCUCCGCGCGCCAUCAGAGAACAUAGUGGACACCUUCUACGAAGUUGCCAUCGAUGCCGGAGCGACUAGUGACCUGCCACCUGCACAAGUACAGAUGAAUGGGCUGGCUGGGUAUAUGUGUACUGUGUUUGAUCUGGAUGGGAACGAGUUGAACGUGAUGUAUGUUGAGCCUUAUCGGGAGGUGGUGGGGAAAGCAAAGGAGACGCCAACUCAUGAGGUGGUGGGGAAAGCCAAGGAGACGCCAACUCGUGAGGUGGUGGGGAAAGCAAAGGAGACGUCAGCUCGUGAUGUGGUGGGGAAAGCAAAGGAGACGUCAACACAGGGGACGCAAGAGUCAAAGGAGCUGGUCAAGAAGGCUUCAUGA